CCAUGUUACGGAAACAUUUCUGAAUUUCGACUUACCGGACGAUUUAGAUCUUUUCCAAGAACAGUCGAAUGCUGAAGUUUCUACAGGAAAAGCCACGGUCAAGUCUGUCGAAAUCGAACGGGAUCGCGUUCGCGCCGUAUUAUUGGAAAUAUACGGAAGCGAAAUCGAAAAUCCUGAGUUUUGCACCAAAGGAAUUUUCAGCAAUCGCACUGUGGAAGUUAUGGAAAAUUUAACACGAUCAGUACAAAAUAAUGAGGAUUUGGACGCCACUCAAAAAAAGCUUAUCCGCGAACGAAUGCGAUUUUUUUAUGAAGGCGGUUGCAGAACAGGCGGCUUUAGGCUCAGUUUGGCGGACGGAAAAUUAUUUUACAAGGAUAAACUGGCCAAGAAAAAGCAUAUCCUCAAAUUUGUAGACGUUUUUGAAUUUGCGUGGAAUAUUCAUCUUUCGCCUUCACAAGCAUGCGUUGCGCGAAGCGCGGAAAGCCUGGCAAAAGAGUUGUCGCGCUCUGUGUUCAUUAAGGAUGGACAUCGGUUGAUGGAGAGUAUUAAAUCCGUUUGUGCUGGUUGUCAAAUCACGAGAGCAACAAAGCAGCUUAUGCCUUAUGUGCCAAAAAUCAUAAGGACCUUCGAAUUGAUGGAGCGAAUUCAAAUCGAUCUCGUUGAUAUGGCACCCGAUACGGAAAUGCAAAUGCGAACAAAUCUCGGCCAGUUUCGCUACGUUCUUUCCAUAACAGAAUGUUUCAGCCGAUUUUGUUUUUUGUUUCCUAUUAGAAACAAGACAGCCGAAGAAAUUCAUGCACAGUUGGUAACCUUUUUUGUGGAUGAAGGUUGUCCAAAAAUUCUACAGAGUGACAACGGAAAAGAGUUCGUUAAUAAGCUGGUAAAAGACCUUUUGGAAAAUGCAAGCGUUGGGUUUGUGCAUGGGACAAGUGGAACGUCUAAAUCAAAAGCUGAAGCGAGCUCUUGCAUUUAUGAUGGCUAAUUUAGACCCUGUAACGCAAGGUUUAUUAUGGCCGUAUUUUUUGCCAUCCGUCCAGCACUUAUUGAAUACAACACUACAUAAUUCCACAAACAUGACGCCGUUUGAAGUCUACAAAGGGUACGCUUCUGCGCUAAGCCUUGAAAGAAUAGAAUUGGAUCCGGUGCCAUGGAAAGCGGAGCACGUCAGUAUGCUGAAACGACUUAUGCCUGAGCCACCAGAUGAUGAGUUUGCUGAUGUUUAUGCAACGGAACAGUAUGAAAACGACAUUGAUGAAAAGGCUGAAGAAAACCUUCGACACCUAGAUGAUCUGCCAGAACCGCUGCGGUCGCAGGCUUUACACGCGCUGGAACAGCUGCAUUACCGACGUGCUUGCAUGCAGACAUCUGUCAUCGAAAAUGUAGAGCGGAGACUUUUUAAAAACAUCUACGGACCAGCAGUGAAGGCUAGGCAGAUACGAAUCGAAGUUGGCGAUGUGUAUAUUUGGCGUCCGCAUCAAAAAAGACGGAAAUUAUCCGGUCGUGUAAAGGUGAAGAUUGUGCGAAUUAUGGAACAAGAGAAAACGCUCUCCUCAAGAUACCAGGUGGAAUAUUUCAAGAACGGUGACCGGGAACCUCCCAUAAAGACCAAAGAAAAUUCUUCGUUUUUCACAGUGCUUUUGGUUAACACAAACGAAUUAUCAAUUUAUCGGCGCCGUAUUGCUACCCAAAAUGGAGUCCAUGAAGAGCGCAUGCGAGAAGAAAGCACUAUUGGCUGUUUAUCAGAAAUUCACAAGGACGCAAAUGCGGUGGGAAGAGGCGUUCACGAAUUUGCUGACACAAUGCGUGCUUAUUUGAAAGAAACGAGUUGUUUGGCAAAACGCGUGCAGCCUGGAUUACUGGAUGAAGCAGACGCAGAGAAGUUUUUUCAUUUGUUGGAUCAAGGUGCAGCAGCUUUCAUAACGGAGACGGAGCGCGGAAAAGCUUCCAAAGAUCUGGAAGACGUCUUAGCUGGGAUAAACGAGUUGCGAGAUUCAACAGGGUUUUUGUACUGGAUGAGCGGUUUAUUGAAAUGGGAAGCAACGACGUCCAAAUCGCCUUUUAAAAUAAGAAAUAUCCUGGCCGGGCAAGAUCUUUACCACAGAGAAUCUUGCAUGCGAUGUAUGGAAACUCAACCUGAUUGUGGGCAUUUGUGCUGUACAGAUGCUCUGAAUGAACUUUGUGCAAAACGAGGUAUGAGUUAAUCUACUAAUAUGCAAUUUGUUAUGGUUCUAAAUGUACUAGAAACUCUUGAUUGUAAACUAAUGAC